UCUACUAACCACCACAUUCACCAUGGGAAACGGAGCCAAAGCCGCCUCCAAGCGUGAGCGCAACGCCAAGGACACCAAGGCUGGUGGCAAGUCGCAGUUGAAGACCAACGAAGCUGCAAAGGACAUCAUCUGUAUGACUUGCAGGACGACUUUCCUGAAGACUACUCGUGCUCCGGCCUUGACUGAACAUGCUGCCAACAAGCACAACAAGACCCUGCAGGACUGCUUCCCCGGCUUCGUGGAGGCGCCUAAGAAAUGAUGGGAGGGACUGAGAUUGGACGGACUGAAAAAUUGUUACGAAGCCAUGUUUGUACCUGACUUAGCCUAUUAAAGUGGCAUUUUGAGCGAUGUUCUUCAUCCCCGCUAGUUACAGUAAGAGUUUUGAUGUGAAAAUAACAUUGAAAAGGAACAAAGAAAGGGAAAUUGUCAACAAUUUCAGAUGUAUGCACAAUAGCGGGCUGUACAUCACAUGACUAAGCAUAUACAUGUGCAUAAACCCCCCGCUGUCAGCA